CGGACUUAUCACUGCAAAAAGUUAGGGAAAAAAGGCUCCUCCUUGGAUUUAACGGGAAUGGCAUCAUCAAAUCUGCGUCCACGGCUUGGUAUCGCUGUUCCAUUUACUUUGUUGUUGUCCCUCGAAGUUAAUUCUCAUGCCUCUGCUUUUACCCUUUCCUUUGCGUAUUUUGCAGUUUGACUGCUGAAGCAUGUAUAAGCGGACUUUCCAAACAUCAUCCGAGCAACGACUUUCAUGAAGAAUUUACGAAUCGUUUGCGUUUACUUCAGCCUGUCUCUUGCUGUGAUUCUCAAUAAUGACAAACCAGAAUGCGGUGGCAGAAUGCGCCAUUGAUGUGUUGGUCACUUUCCCCGAAUCGGUGCAGAUAUUUACAGGACUGCUCACAGCAUUGACUGUCUCUGGGGGUCUUUUGGGCAUUGUUACCGCUGCUCUGUUGUAUGUGUUCUGUCUGAAGCCCAUGCUUUUAACAAGACAGGGAAACAAUGCUAGAAGGUUACUUGAGCCAGCCGAAGAAAACGUGGACAACCAUCAAAGUGACCACAUCAGCAACAACCGAAAAGAUGUGACAAGUUCCUCGGCUGCAAAAGUUGAAAAAAAGAUGCCACCCAUCAACAGUGAUGUUGCCGCGUUUGCAUCGAGAGCAAAAGUGGUUUACCCCAUCAACCAGAAAUACAGGCCGUUAGCAGACGGAGCGUCCAAUCCCUCGGUACACGAGCGCUCAAAGCUUCCCGCUGGCUCCAACGAGGACUCCUCCACCGGAGAGUCCCUAAGCCAGGAGCAGGACAAUGAUGACAGCAGCCAGUUCAUCUCCUCCUCUCUGGUGCCCAGGAGCCUCCAGAACCAGAGCUUCUCCAGGGCCCCCCAUUACCCACACACACUCACUCAAACUGGGUUUGAGGGACGUAUCGGUCUCUACUGUCUUGCCCUGCAGGACGUGCAGCAACAGUGUUGUGGCCUCCAGGAGGAGAAGUGUCAGAUCUUUCUCCGAAUGGUGAAAAUGAUAUGCAGUCAGCGGUUUCCAAAGAAUAAAAAUGAGGAAGACUUCUUCAAGAACCUCAUUGUAAUGCAGGAAAAGGAAGUUGAAACACUGAGGAAACGGUUAACUUCCAAGACGGCCUCUGAAAAGACUGCUGAGACAGAUUCUCCCUGUACCCUGGAGGAGAUAGAGAGGACCCAUAAAGACCUUCUGGAGCACGGGCUUCAAAUGACUGAAGUAUUUGGCCAGCAGGUGGAGCACUUGUGCCAGCAUCUGUUGGGUAAGGACAGCGUUCUGCCGACAGAGGAAGCCCAGGCCAUCAUCAACUCUCUCAUCCACACUCUGGUACUGCUAGAGAACCACUGGAUGGCUGCUCAGGAAGCAGGCCUAAAGAGCAUCCAGCAGAGGCUGCUGUGGUGGGAGGAGUUGAUGUAUCUUUUUCAGGCCAAACCCGCCUUACUCAGACAGGAAGUGUCUCUGAGGCAAGCCCUGGUUGCCACGGCACUGGAGCAGCUCUCCGGAGAAGACACCUUGACCUUUGACCUGAUGGAGAAGAUGCUGUCGGAAAUGCAGUGCAGUCUGAAGGAGUGCCUUGAGCUGUGCACCGAGGACUGUGUGAAGAAAGCCAAGGAGCUGGCGAGUGAGAAGUGGAGGAGGACCGAGAGCAAGAGUCAGAAGCUGCAGAGCAGCCAGGCCCGGGAGAGAAGCCAAGCGCUGGAUUCAGCACAAGCCCACGGUGACCUACAUCACUUCAUCAAGGUGUAUAAGGAGCUGCAGGCCAAACACAGGCAGCAGAGCAUCAGCCUGGAGUUGAAACAGGAUGACAGAGUGGUCGAAGCCCUCUGCGAUCUAUGGAGGAAACUUCACUCUUCAUGGUCGAGGAGAGUGGGCGAGGAGGCCAAGAAGGUCUUCCUCGGCAGUCUUGCUCCCAGGCCACAGCUCUCUGUUGAGCACUGCAGCAAGCUGUGGUUGGAUCUAGAGGAUAAGCUGGCCACACAGCGGCAGCAGGCGGAGGUUGGGACCAAGAUGCAACUGGAGGACAUGAGGGCUCAGAUGGAUCAGGAUAGACAGCUCUGGGGUGAAGAGACUGCUGUGGUGCUGGCUUGCCUCAGGCAUCUGACAGAGCAGCAGAUGAAGAUGCUCCAGACCACAGUUGUCAGGCAGAGCUACAUGCUGGACAGACCGGUGGGGAUGCUGCUGGAAAAGAAACAGGAGCGCCUCCUGGUGGCAGUGCAGACACACUUUGUGUCCAGGCACUUCUGUCUGCAUGUGCUAAGGGAAAUGAGGCUGUCCAAGCUGAAAGCUCUGGCUCAAACAGACUUCAGAGACCUGCUGAGAGAAGACCACAACCAAAGCCAGGAAAACGACAAUUCAGCCACGAAAGAUCAACGCAAGGACAGCGGGGCCAGCCUGGCAGAGAGACACCUGGGGGCCGAGAGCCAGCUGGUGGACCACAGCUUCCAGCAGGAGUUCCUCUCGGAGCUGGAGACGGGCACCGAGCUCCUGCAGAGGCACGCCCAGCUGCUGGUGGGCAACGCCCUCAGCCACAGGGUCUGGGGGCGGAUGGGGGCCACGGCCCCGCUGGAAUGGCCCACCCGCCCACAGGACACCGACGGACUGAAGCAUCACCUGGCUGAGGUUGCCUCUGAGAGCGUGUACCUAACCAAGGACUCCCUCAGUGCCCUGGUUCAGGGUUACUACUCUCACAUGGAGGACGUCACCACCAGACUGCAGGAGGAACAGUCAAGCACACGGCAGUCAGUAAGAGAAGAGAAUGCGAGGCGAGAGAGCAGCCAUCUCUUCCACCAGGGCUUGCUGAGAGAGCUGGCCAACUGGGAGAGGAACCUGACGUCUAAAGAGUUUCAAAAGAGGGUUGAACAACACAAAAGGAAGUUGCUGGAGCACUACGACCUCGGACAGGAGGUGCUGUUUGAGACUCUGAGGCAGCAAAGAGUUUCCGAGGACCAGGCCAUGGAAAAGGUCAAAGCACAGUUGCUGGAAGCAGAGGAAGCCUUUAUUACGGAGGUGGCUUCCCUGGCCCGGGUGUCUCUCCAAAACACCCGUCUGGACCCCACUAUCCAGGAGGAGAACUCUGAUGUUGUGAGUCACGACAUCAUGAAUCUGCUGGCCCUGAAUCCAGAUCUGGAUCCUGCUAAGAAUCCCUCUCUGACUCCAACAGUAGCGACCGCUCCAAAAGCACCUCAAAAGAAGAACAGGGAGCGGGAAUCUCAACUCAUCUGACAUCAACAUGUUUUUUCACAAAACUGUUUGUACAGCAAUGGGAUAUGUAUUUUUUCUCAUUUAAUUUUGAAACUAUAUUGUAAAAUGAUAUUUGUAUUUUACAUAUAACCACUGCAUCUAUAAUGUUUACAAUUAUUCAGAGAUUUGUAUAUAAAUGUAGAAAAUACAGAGCCUUUUAAAAAACAUCAGCAUAAUUUGUUGUUUUUAAUCUAAGUGAGCAAUCUUUGUACCACUUGAAAUCCAAAGGCAAGUGUUCCGUGUUACUUUUGGGAAUACCCUGCCGCCAAGUAAAUAAUGCAUAAAUAAAGCAUGCAUUUUCCAGCCGUGUAUA